AUGGGAAUCCUCAAAAAACUAAAUGUUUUGUAUUGUCAUGGACUCGGAUCAUCCAUCAAUUGUCGUCAUGCUACUCAACUUCAAGCAUUUUUUGAGAAGCAAGAAGAUGUUUAUUUUGAAAGAUUUCUCUAUAAAAAUCCGGGAUCAUAUGAUUAUGUGUGGAAUGUGAAUGAGUGGCGGAGAGAUAUUGAAGAAAGAAUUGACACCACAAACGACAAAUGGAUUCUAAUGGCCACCAGUGGAGCAUGCCAUCCGGCAUUGAACAUCGCAAAACACCGAAAAGAAAAGAUCUCUGGACUUUUCCUAAUGUGUCCCGGAACUGGAUUGGAUAUGAAUUUCGUGGACACAAUUCAACCUGGGGCUUUGAAUUAUCUUAUGAAGAAAGGUUUUAUCAAAUAUCCACCAUCCAAACAUGGUCAUCCCGCUCUCUUGUCCAUCGACUGUCUCAAGGAGUUUCUGAAUACGGAUAUAUGCAACAACUCGGAGCAAGCAAUUGACAUCACUUGUCCCGUUUUGACAGUUCAUGGAGUGGAAGAUAAUAUUGUAUCAGUUGAAAAUUCGGAAAGGUUAAUGCAGCGUAUUGCGUCAAAAUGUAAAGAAUUUCAUCGAAUUCCGGGUGUAGAUCAUUACUUCGAUUUGGAUGAUCAAGUUCUGACGAAACUCGGAAGGCUGAUGGAUGUUAUUCGGGAAAAUGAGCUUCCGGAAAAGAUAGGAGCGAAGUUGUAA